AUGUCGGACAAAAGCUCCUUGUCGCUUGAAUCAAAGCAGGUGUCUGUCACAAUAGUCCAAGAGACGUCAACCACAUCAAUCCCGACCAGAAAACACGAUGUAAGAGGUGGUGUAUUGGCUGCGGGUGGGUCACUGGAGUUCUACGAGCCCAUUGAUGAGUACGAAGGGAAACAUCGAUAUGACCCACUUGCAGAGUGGACAGAGAAGGAAGAGAAGCAACUGGUCCGGAAGCUUGACUACAGAAUUUGUUCUUGGGUCUGUCUGAUGUUCUUUGCCCUCCAACUGGAUCGGGGUAAUAUCGGACAAGCAUUAUCCGACGGAAUGCUUGAUGACCUUGGGUUAUCAACUAACAAUUACAACUAUGGCAUGACGAUAUUCUAUCUUUGCUUCCUAUGCGCGGAGGUACCGUCGCAAAUGAUUUCGAAAAAGCUCGGCCCCGACGUAUGGAUUCCCAUUCAGAUGGUCCUUUGGAGUGUGGUCGGGAUUUGCCAGGGUGUGGUUACCGGUGAAAAGAGCUUCUAUGCGACUCGUGCUCUGCUUGGCCUGAUAGAAGGUGGCUUUAUUCCUGAUGCACUCCUCUAUCUAUCCUACUUCUACACGAAUAACGAGCUACCUAUGCGGGUCGCCUUUUUCUACUGUGUCUCCAACAGUACCGGCAUCAUCGCUGCGUUCUUGGCAUUUGGCAUUCUUCGCAUGCGAGCCAUAGGCGGCUGGGAAGGGUGGAGAUGGCUGUUUGUCAUCGAGGGUGCUUUGACUCUUAUCAUUGGUGUCAUAUCGUGGUUUUAUCUACCUCCGAGCCCAACCCAGACUGCCAGUUGGUUUCGCGGGAAAGAUGGUUGGUUCUCAGAAAGGGAAGAGGUCAUCAUGGUUAAUCGAGUCUUGCGAGAUGAUCCAGCAAAAGGUGGCAUGCAUAAUCGUCAAGGUCUAACGCCGAAACUUUUAUGGGACUCUCUCAUGGACUACGAUCUUUGGCCAAUGUAUCUGAUGAGCCUCACACUGCUCAUCCCCACAACUCCUGUAUCAGCAUAUUUGACCCUCUUCCUGAGGUCGCUUGGUUUUGAUACGUUUGAAGUCAAUCUUCUGACCAUUCCUGCGACGGCGUUGUUCUUGGUCCAAUUGAUUUUUUGGUCCUGGGUGUCCGAAAAAAUCAACAACCGCAUGGCCAUAGUUCUGUUCUACUCAUUCUGGGUUUUCCCUCUUUUGGUGGCACUAGAGCUGAUGCCAGCAACUGCAAGCCCUUGGAGUUGGUACGCAGUUACAAUCUUGGUCAUUGGAUUCCCCUAUGUUCAUUCCAUCAAUGUCAGCUUGAUCUCUCGAAACUCUGGCUCUGUGCGCACCCGUACAGUGGGCAGUGCAGUUUAUAACAUGAUUACCCAAGCAGGUGCUAUCAUCUCUUCCAAUGUAUACCGUACCGACGAUCGACCUUUCUACCGAAAAGGAAAUAAGAUCCUUCUUGCAAUCGUCGCAUGGAACGUUUGUGUUACCAUCUUCAUCAAGUUCUACUAUAUACGGAGAAACAAAGCACGUGAACAAGUUUGGAACGCUAUGGAUCUUGAGCAGAAGCAUCAUUAUCUGAGCACAACAAAAGACGAGGGCAAUAAGAGGUUGGACUUCCGAUUUGCCCAUUAA